CGUCGCAGGCCCUACGCACGCCGCACGCCUCGCUAACCAGUUCUAUAGUGUGUCACAUGUGGUCUUUCCAAUACUUUGAACAAUAUCCAACUGUUUUAAACCACCGAUAAAACAUACGAAAACUUAUGUGAAACUGAUAAAAAUAUCAAUUACUGGGAAAAGUUGCCAUGGAAUAAACUAUUGUACCUACUUAGUAUUAUGUAUACAAUGUUGUUAUCAGAAAUGGUACAGUUAAACGAGAAACCAUUCAAGAAUUUACGUUUACAAGUGGCAGAAGAGGUGUGUUUUGUUUGCUCAGCGAUAAUGUGAACGGAGGUAGGUAAUUCUGUAAGCUGCAAGAAUGGGCUUCAUAAGCGGCGGAGAGACCAGCAGUCCGCCCUCGCCGUAUAACACACGGAGGCUCUGCAUCUUCAGCGUGGUGGGGCUGGCGCUGGCCGUCACCUCCAUCACCAUGGCUCUGAUGGACCCCAUCGCUAUCUUGUCCAGAUAUAACACUCGGCUGGCCAACGGCUCGAAGAUACACCGUGUGCUGCAGCAGCGGCUGGACAGCGUGCACGUGCAGACCUUCCUCUUCAACGUCACCAACGCGGACAGGUUCCUCAGCGGGGAGGACCACAAGCUGAAGGUGGAGGAAGUUGGGCCGUUCACUUAUAAGGAGACGCGCACAAACCUGGACCUGGAGCUGGACGAAGCGGCGGGCGUGAUGCGCUACUCGCCGCACACGGACGUGUCCUUCCUGCCCGAGGAGUCCGUCGCUGACCCGAGGGAAGUCAAUAUCACCAUGCCUAACAUUGCCUUGCUUACGAUGGCGUCAAUGCUGUCUUCAUACGGCGGGUUCACGAAGAUUCCCUUCAACAUGCUGGUGCGACGGAUCAAGACGCAGCCGAUAGUGUCCAUUGACGCUCACAACUACCUGUGGGGGUACGACGAGCCGCUCAUCACGUUCGGAAACUCCGUGCUGCCCGGGUUUAUUAACUUCAAGAGGAUGGGCAUCAUGGAUCGGCUGUACGACCCAUCACUGAAGUAUCGUCUGGAGGUGGGCGCCACUGACGCCGACAAGUUCCAGAUACGGUCGCUGAACGGCGCCAAAGGAAUGAAGGCCCUGAACUACGAUGAUCCUGAAAGACGAACCAAGUGCAACACAUUCGAAGACGCGUACGAAGGCAUAGCGUACCCGCCCGGCAUGACGCCUGACUCCAAGGUCAGGAUCUGGAGGAACGUGCUCUGUCGCUUCCUCGAGCUGGACUUUGUUGAAGAACGGCAUAAGGAGUACGGGGCCCAGGCCCUGGUGUAUACCAUCAGUAACAGGACCUACAACUAUGGGCCGGAUAAGGAGUGCCUUUGCAACAAGGGCGUAUGUGUCAACGGGAUUUCCGAUUUGUCUCCGUGUUUUUUGGGGUUACCUCUGGCCAUUUCGAAUGCGCACUUCUUGGACGGAGAGCCGAAGCUGUUCCGGAGAAUAGAAGGACUGAAUCCUGAUCCAAAGAAACAUGGCAGCCAUUUCCUGAUUGAACCGACGGUGGGCAUGGCUCUCGGCACCAGCUUCACGAUCCAGGUGAACGUGGUGGUGGACGACGUGGCCUUCAGCCCCGAGGCCGGCGCCUUCUCCAACAUGGUCGUGCCCAUCGCCUACUACAAGAUUGUCCAACCUCCCCUUCACGACGCUCAGCUCGACAACCUGCGCAAGAUCUGCAUCACCGGACCCAGGAUAUUCCUCGGGGUGGAGAUAGCAUUAUUCCUCAUAGGGAUCACGAUCAUCGGGUACUCUAUGAGGCGGAUCCUAUGGAACGCAGCGAUAUGCGGAGACCAGAGGGCCAUGGAGUUCCCUCUGAGCCCCGCGGAGAAGCUGCAGGCGUCUGGCGUGCCUCUCAUGAAGUAGUCUGGAAUAUUCUAGAUUCCCGUAUUGGUGGCAGCGCAGGCAACGGUAGUUGGAGCUAUGUUGCAAUGUUGGGAUAACUCCAGAGAGGGUGUAAACGCUUAUUAGACUUAAGAUGUAUUUUGUACUACUGUUAACUAUUAUAAAUCUAUAAUUUGUAGCAUUUGAGGUUCUUUCCCUAUUCUGGAGGUUGGGAAAUGGUAUCGUGGCUGCUAAACUUUCUAUUUCCCAUUGAAACGGCCUGUAUCGGUCAUGUAAUGUAAAUAACUAAAAUGGGAUGCUUUGCUUUAUACGGGAAUAACUGCUCACUCUUUGAAAAUCUUAGGUGUAGUUAAAUACAAUCUGUGAUAUGAGCAUGAUUUUCAGAGUUAGUAAUAACAUUUACGUUAAUAACGUAACGUUCCGCUGUGGUGCAACGGUUACUAAUUAUAUUAAGUAUAAUAAGAUUAUUCUCGAAUCUUAGACAUUUAUAAUAUUGCUCAUGAAUCUAGAUAUAGAUAGAUUAAGUGUUAAUGUAUAAAAUGAGUGUCUCGCAUGCUAAAUUAUAAGAAAGUUUUUAAUUCAACAAACUUCAUCAAUACAUUAUUAAUUUAAAGAUAAUUUAUUUUUGUAUAUAAAAAUAUCAAAAUAUUUUUUUAACUUUGUAACAAAAGGUAAUAAAAUGCUAUUAUUAUA